AUUUGUCAAAUGAAAUCUGGUCACACUGCCGACGGGUCAUAACUAAUCUGUGCGACAGGUAGGGUCAAUUUGUUGUUGCGUUAUUUUAUUAGUUUUGCAGUAAUUUUAUGAUUAUUGAAUAGGGAAAGUGUUGAUAAACAAAAGUUGAUCUCAAGAUGUGGGACCCUACUCACGUUCAAGUGACCGUACAAAAAGCUCGUGGACUACUAAUCAAAGGGAAAAACGGUACAAAUAACUGUUUUGUUACCAUUGCCCUCGGUAAAGAAAAAUUCCAAACUUCCGUUAAACAUAAAGCCACACAGAAUGUGGAAUGGUUAGAAGAAUGCGAACUACCAAUACCUACUCAAGGAAACACCGCUGAAGUUGUACUUAAAGUUUAUGACGAAGAUUUUGUUAAAGAUCAUUUAUUGGGUCAAGUAUCGAUUCCGUUAAAAGACCUCGAUGUAUACGAGCGGCCAAGAAACCGCUGGUACAAGCUGCAGGGUAAAUCAGGCAAAGAAAAUGACAAGGACAGAGGUGAAAUAGAAGUCAAAAUAGCCUUCACAGUGAAGGAAGGCAGCCUCACGGAUCUCAGCAAGAAAGACAAGCACCGAUCCUCCUUAUCCAGCCUGGCACAAAAUGUUGGUGGAAGCCUCAUGAGCAUUGGCAGUAUUGAAAAACGUAAAAGUUUAAAAAAAUUUGCCAAAAAUAUUAGCUCUAAAAUGAAUUUAAACAAUAAAAAAGAUAAGAAAAAUGACUCAUCAUCGAUAAGUGGCAGUGUUGGAAAUCUAAAAGGUGCUACCUUACCUUCUCCAAUCCACUCAACACCUAAAAGAUUAUCAGGAGAAGCUGACCCUGGUGUCAUAAGUGAAGAUGAUGAUGAAUUCGCUUUUGAUGAUUUGUCACACAAAAGUUCAGGCAGUUCACUUAAUGUCCAAGCAAGCUAUGCACCCAGAAGUUUCAAAUAUACACCAUCACCUGUAAAUGCAUCUUUAGAAAAUUUAGGUGGAGGAGAAUUUUUAAGAAGAUCUACAAGUAGCACCUUAGCUGUUCCAGAAAAAAGUAUUCCACAAAAACCUGUUCGAUUGAGCUUGGACACAUUCACUCCACCACAAUUACCUACUCCAGUUAUGGAUUCAAAUGAUGAAUGGUCUCAAAAGUUGCUUCCGAGAAAAUCUAUGAGUCAAUUGGCUAUAGAUAGAGAGAAAUCUUCAAGCCUUGAAAGAAACAAGAAAUUAGACAGUCCAAGUUCCUUAAAAGAAAAGCCUAGUCCUAAAUUCUUUAAGAAGUUUGUUGGUAGCAGUAAACCAAAAAAAUUACUUGAAGAAAGGAUUAUAGUUGGUGAAGAAAAUAUUGUUGAGGAAGACUAUGUAAAUCCUCUGUAUCAUAACAUUCCCAAAACAGUAUUGCAACAGUUUGAAGGAAAGACACGAGAAGAUUUAAUUGUCAUGAUUUACAAUUUGCAAAAAGAUGCAGAAUUGGAGAAAAAGAAAACGAAAGACUUGGAAAACUAUUUGGAUGAACUACUCUUAAGAGUAAUGGAAACAACACCCCGCAUACUCCAGAAUCCCUAUAAAUUAAGGUGUGAAAUACGUAAAUAAGUAUGAUCUGAUAAGAAAAUCUGGAUUAUUAUUUGACACAUUAUCAGAUUGUAUUUGAGAAAUCACCUACACUAUGUAUUAUCAUAGCAACAUAUCAAAAUGUAUCAAAUGUUAAUAAUAAAAGCACUGCCUGAUAUUUAUCAAUAACGGUAGUUGUUCAAAACUUUAAUUGAAUGAAGUGCCAAAAUUAUAGUUUUAUAUCAAACUAGUUUUCCAAUCCUCAUGACUAAUUUGUCACCUAUCAGGUGGUUUUUGUUAAUUUUUACAAAGUUUAUGUCUGUUCUAUCUAGAGAUUAUAAUGGUUAUGAUAAUAUUUCUUAAAUAUUUUAUAUUUUAAAAAUAACAACAAGCAUAUCAUAUUUUUUUGCUUUGUUUAAUGACUCGUUUGUAAACUAAGUACCUAUCUAAAGAACUGAUUCAUAAAACAAUAAUUUAUUAAUGCAGUUCUAAGUCUUCAGUCACUUCAAGAUGUUACAAAUUCAAUUUUGAACAUAAUAUUAUGUUUUAUAAAUAAUAUUAACAUCUUGAUCUAUUAUACAUAAAAUAUAGAUUGUUUUGGUUGUUUUUUUGUAAUGUAUGAUAGUAUAUUCUUACUACAAUACAUAAAAUCAUUAUGUUAAUAGUGCAUGUUUUUUUUGUCUUUGAUUAAUUACCAUCACAUAAACUGAUUCCUGAAUUUAUCAUAAGAUAAAAAGUAUGUAAUAGAUGUUUAAUAGUUAGUAAAAUGUAAAAGAAGUGCAAAAUUUAGAUUAGAUUUAUAAAUGUGCAAUAUAAACAUCUAAAAGGUCAAGUGAGACAUGGUAAUAGUCUAGGAGUUGUGCAAAAAAUGUUAGGUAAUAAUCUACUGAGGUUGUCUGAAAUGGAGUGAUCUGAAAUACUUUAAAUGGUGUCAUAUACAAUGUGUCAGCAUGUUUUUGUUCAAAAAACACAGAACAAAAUUAUAAUAUAGGUUGUAUGAAAGUUAUUACAUAGUUUAAAGAAUUAUUCAUUAUUUUCUAUGUUGUGGCUACAUUAUCGAAAUUCUAAGAAUAUUUAGUUUUAUCAUGAAUAAUGCUGUGUUGUUCAUGGCCCAAAACUUAGGUUUAAAUAUCAAUCCUAUAAUUUGAUUGUAUUUUUAUAACCAUUAAUAUAUUUCAUCACUCAAACCUUUAUAUUUAAAUGAUAUUUUUGUAAAUUUUUCAAAUGAGUAUGCGGUCGAUUAUGACAGAAACUAUUUUGCAUCAGUGCCUACAAUUGUACAAAAAUUUAACUUGGUUCAAUAAACGACAGGCGAUAGCGUAAAACAUAAAUGAACGCCUUUUUUAAAUUCUACAAAUAUGUAAUAAAUACAAUGCUGACAUUGUAUAAACUAUCCAGAUAGCUUAACGACGACAUUUAGAUUUCAGCUUAAUGUCACUUUGUGGGUAGAGUAUCUUGAGAGGGCCAGGAACUCGUCUGUGAAAUAAUAAUUAAAAUAUAGACAAUGCGGUUUUGUUGAAUGCUACUUAAUAUUAACUAGAAAGUUUCACUCUCACAAUGGAAGCCCUAAUCUAACACGAAUGUUAACACGAAAUUUAUCUGUAGCCACAGCAUUAGCAAUAAUUAGUUACGUUAGAAAUUAGUAACCAGAAUUGAGGAUUAUUUAUUUGAUUUUUAUUUCCUAAUAAACUGCUUACUCUUAAUUUUAUUUAUUCAGUUUAAAUGAUAAGAGAAAAGUAUGUUUUCAAAUUUGUUAGGAUUUCUGUAUGCUAACCCAUAAAGAUUUUUCAAUA